AUGACAGUUUUUGAAAACUUUGGAAUAUUUAAGGAAAGAGAACUAGAGCGAUUAAAAUAUGACUUAUAUAGGUGCGGUGUUGAUCAGUAUAUUCUGCAAACUCCUGUAUAUUCACUCGACCGACGAACUGCUUCACAAGUGAUGCAUGUUUUCAAGUUUGCCGGGAAGGCAAUAACCCGUUUUACUUGUCAAAUCCGUAUUUGUGCACCGUCAAGUGAUAAUUGUCAUUUGUCUGCACCAUAUGUUCGAUGUCCAAGAAGAGAAGAAAAUGAUAGAGAGAGCAACAACUCGAGCGGUGCAUUUAUCCCGAUGAUACCAGCAAACGGAACAUCAACAGCAGAUGCAGCACAAGAAAAAUCAACCGAAAUAACAACAGGUAAGGGAUCCUGGAAUGUAACAACCAGAAAGCUCAACUUGAUAACACCGCCACAACAUUUACUGUCAACGACAACGAUCACAGAAUCAUCGGAUACAGAAGAACCGUUUUUUAUAUCGGCAACUGAUGAUUAUGGGUUUUAUUCGGAGAGUAGCGAUGCGAUGCCUCCAUCCGUGCAACCACUACCAAGGAACUCUGAAAAAGAAAUACAAGUAGAACCUAGCAUUUAUGAACGACGAGCAAAACGAAAUUCCUUCACAAAUAGAUUAACAAAAAAAGAUUCUUUUUUGGAUUCAUCAAAAAAAAAUCAUUAUUCCUCAUAUGACGUAAGUGGUGUCAUAACAGUUCUUGAGUCACCUAAUCAAGUUGCCUAUUUUGAAAAGAAAUAUCCAUUAACUGGAACUCGUCACGACACAACUAUUCUUGGCAUUACAGAUACUGUGAGGCGCUCUUUGGUGAAAUGCAUGCCGCAGCUCAUUUUCUUGGCUCUAAUCGGAGUUAUCGUCUUAUCAGUUAUCUUAAUAUCAGUGACUAUUUCAUGCAUCACUCAUCACAGAUCUUGUAAUCACAUUAUAACUUCUCGUACUAAAAAUGGUGAACUGUGGCAUCAAAUUCAGAAUCGCUCAGUUUCAUUCUAG